AUGCCAACAUGUUUGACACACUUUUGCGCUGAAUGGCGCCGUGCUCGCCGGGUACUGCAGGUUCAAAACCUGGACUUGGAGACAAAGCGCGAACUUUACGGUGUUCUGACAUCUGACCUACUUGUCGGAUGUGAUGGACCGUUAGCAGAAAGACAUGGUGUCGGAUUCUGGCAAGCAGAUUUCGACGAGGCUGCUGGUGUCCGGAUAUGGUUGAUGCAGACAGGAACGGUUGUGGCAGGAUCUACUGACGAGGUCGACACAAACGAUGGAGACAACCAGCCUGACGAGAGUUUGAGCUCUGCCAGUCGCUCCAUUAACUUGCGAAGCAAGUCAGGCGCCCUGGGUCUUUUGAAAGGUCUGGCUAGACCGUCUCCCAAGAAACUUGAUGACCAGGCUUCAGUAUUCUCCUGGAAUCUGCAGCAAAUUGGCGCAGCCAAGGGUGCAGCAGCCGGUGAGCACCAUUUGCUUUUUCGCAAUCCUGACCAUCCCAUGUCGCAGUUUCCGAACGAGGCGAACAAGGAGGAGUUUGUGGGGCUGAUGAAGAAGAGCUUGAUGGCCGAAAGCCUUUUCUCCGAAGGCGUCGGGCCACAUCACAGAAACGAGGAACAGGCUAUCGCAACCACACAAGAUGCAGAGGACUUGUUUGAGGCCUUGUUGAUCCAUCAGCAAAUCUGCCGACUGACGUCCGGAUCGGUGCUUCAACUCGGUCGUGUGAUGGACGAGCUCGUGAAGAGAUGGAGCAUUCUGACAAAGUUUCGCCAGCUUAUCGAGAGAGAUACUGCAACAAUAGGAACAUUCAUUCAAACGUAUUUCCUUACCCCCAAAGUGAAAUACAUCGAUUCCAACGAGAUUUAUCAUUUUUUCCGCGGUGGCCCCGGCCUGCGUGACGUGACGGUGGAAGAGGUGCUUGCAUCUCUCGACGAAGACGGAGACGGAAAGGUGGACCUGCAGGAGUGUCAAAGACAGCUUUCUCUCGUUGCACCGCCCAGACCGAGCCUUUUGGAACUAGGCAGCCAGCUGGAGCUCAAGCACGGACUGGGCCGCAGCGCCAUCAGCAGUGGACUCAAGGAGCCGGCCUCCUUGUUUGAGCACCUUUGUACGGUGGAGAAGGUUAGCCCUCCGCCAGAGGAUGUGGCACGCCUCUACCGAGCCAUCAAUAGCAACCGGGGGAGCCGGGAGAUCGGCACUGAGAGUCUAUCGCAAAUGCUGCGGCAGCCGCCACUGGACAUCCAGUGGGGUGUGGAGGUGCAUACCAUCCCAGCUUUGUACGAUGCGCUCGCAUGCCGAAUGUUGACCGUCGAGAGGAGCCGUCAGAAGGAUGCUGCAGUGCUGCCUUCAGAGGCUUUUGUGCAAGGAGAAGUGCCGGAAUUGCCGGAACUGGAGCGGCGCUUCGCUCACCUGUGGGACAUGUACGGCAGCUCCCUUGUUGGCAGCGUCUCUGCACAGAGCGCGUCCAAGUUCCGGGAGCAUUGCUUUGCAAUGUACCAGCACCAUGCAGAUCAGAUAGCGGUAUGGAGAUCCAAUCACAGUGGCGAACUCCGACGUGGCCAGAUGGUCAGUGUUCACAAGUCUUUAUUCCCGAGCGUCGGGGACGUUGUUACCACGGCCUCUUGCCGCCUCGUGGCUGGGCAGACAUGUGUCGUGCGAUAUCGCUUGCAAGGGCCAUGCAGCUAUUAUGGCUCGGGCCAUACAGUUCUCAAGGAUGAGAGGGAGCCCGUGCCCUGGCCAGUCCCACGCAAAGUCUUGGGCGACACUCCUUUCAUUGCUUUGGUGCCACCGGGACUAAGCUACUGUGCAGCUGGAGGGGGUGGCUUCUAUUUGGGCCACCAGGCCUUCAACAACGUGGAUCCUAACUUGCGCGCGGACUUGCCCAAGAGUUCGGAUGGCCAGCCUCAGAUGUUGGGUCAUGUUGAGAUGUCGAUGCCUUCCUUCAGCCGUUCCCAGAGAGGCGGAAGUGGCAAGAUGCCAAAAAGCCAAGUCUUUGAAUUGCGGCUUUUCUGUUCUUCAAAGCAGCGAAUCAUUGGAUGCAUCGGCGAGCCGGUGAAAAUGACGGUGUGGAAUCAGAUGCCGCCUCCACCUCUGGAGUCAUUGCAGUUAAGAUGCGAAGGCCGCAACGUGACGCUUCGCUGGAAUGCUUUGGAACUCCUUGACUUACCGAAGGAAGCACAGGCUGAUCACGUGAGAGUCUUGGUGAAGACUUCGACCUCCGAGGAGACCGUUGUCCUGAAGCCGGAGGUCACGGAGCAUGAGCUGCAAGACUUGAUACCAGACACCGAAUACGAAUUCCGUGUUCGGGCCGAGAAUGUCGCCGGCAGCAGUCGGGAUUGUGUGGCGCAUUGCCGCAUCAAUGCUUACUGCCCUGCUCCUGCAGGCUUGACAUGUGCAUCCAUCGGGACGGCCCAAGUGGAGCUCGAGUGGUCAAGGCCAGGCAAGAUCGGCAACGAGGCAACCAAGGAUGCCUUUCAGAUCCACACAGAGCAAAUUCAGAGAUACAUUGCCACGCUGCGUGUGGUGGAUACAACCGGCGAGGAUGGAAACGAGGAGGGCAGUGACGGGAGCAGCCCCGGGUCUGAUAAGCCUCACCGGAGCAGGAAACGAGCACAAAAACACAACCUUAACCCGGACGCCGUGAAGGAAAGACCCUGCCAAUGGCUUCCUGAAGCCUUGCGAGAGGACCGGGGUCGCGGCAUCAUCCAAGCCACGUUGCUGGGUCUCCGGCCGGAUACACGCUACAUGCUGUUCGGGCUCUGUGCAGAGAACUCUGUUGGCUCUGGAGCGUGUUCGCCGAAUCUGGAAUUCUGGACAAUCCCUUUGGUGCCACGCGUGGAGAGAUGUCGCGUGCGACAGGGCCAGGUCUUGUUGGCGCUGUCUGAGACUGGUGGGGCGUGCGUGCACGAGUAUGCCGUGUCUGUUUUGAAGGAAGGCAUGCCCGAGGACAACGCUGUAAGCUGGACCAUUCCUCAAGCUGCCUUGCAGCCAGAAGGCGAACCCGAAGAG